GUAAGCUUCAACUGCAAAAGAUCCCGUAUAAAGAGUACACAGCCUCGAGAGUUUCCAGUUACAAUCAAAACUAAACAUCAGAACAUUGUCUCAAAGCUCACCAUCAACCAUUACCACCAUGUCAUCAGCAAUUGUCACUGGUGCCACCGGCAUCCUUGGCCGAGAGAUUGUCAAGGAACUAUGCAGCAGGCCGGAAGAAUGGAGUACAAUCUACACAAUGUCUCGCUCCAAGAAGGAUGAUUUCGGCCCUCGAGUCAAGCAUACGCACCUCGAUCUGACUGCCACAGCCGAGAGCAUGUGCGAUGGCUUGAAAAAUGUCGAGGCUGACUACGUCUUCUUCGCGGCAUACUUGCAGAAGGAUACCGAUGAAGAGAAUACGCGUGUCAAUGGGGACAUGCUAUCUGCGUUCUGCAAGGCCCUUGAAUUGACUGGUGCUGCUUCAAAGAUCAAGCGAUUUGUUCUUGUCACUGGAGCAAAGAACUACGGUGUUCAUCUCGGCCGAGUCAAGAUUCCAAUGCAAGAAACUGAUCCGCGAAUGCCCGAGCCUCCAUAUCCCCCCAACUUCUACUACCGCCAGCAGGACAUCCUAUAUGAUUUCUGUAAGAGGAACCGUGUUGAAUGGAAUGUCGCGUUUGCCAGCGAGGUCCUCGGAUUUGCGCAAGGAAAUUUUAUGAACCUCGCUAGCGCGACUGCGAUCUACGCCGUGGUAUCGAAAGAACUUGGAGACGAGUUGGUGUUCCCUGGAUCUGAGGUAUUCUAUAACAACGUCACUUGCUUUACCGAUGCGGCCUUACAUGCUCAGUUCCUUCGAUGGAUGGCACUUGAGCCCCGCGCCGCUAACGAGGGCUUCAAUGUCGCCAACGGCGACGCUGAGUCUUGGAUGAACUUGUGGCCUCGAGUUGCUAAGUACUUUAGCCUGAAAGUCCCUGCCGACCAGUUUUCGCGCGAGGCGCCCCUAGCUUCAGAGAAGGCUCUUGUAUCGGAGCCUCCGAUGUCAGUUGUAGCCAAGGACAUCGGACUUAAGGGUCAUACCCCUCAGAGCUAUAUUCGUCAACGGGUGGAUUUGGUCAAGUGGUCGCAGACCCAAGAAGUGAAGGAUGCGUGGAAGCGCUUGGCUGAUCGCGAAGGACUUGAUCCUGAAGCGCUCAGCAAAGCCUCUUGGGCGUUUGCCGGAUUCGCAUGGGGUCGAGAUUAUAACAAUAUUCUUAGUAUGUCAAAAUCGCGAAAGCUAGGCUGGACAGGAUACCUUGAUACCUGGGAAAACCUCGAAAGUAUCUUCAACAUACUUAAGGAUAAGAAGGUUAUUCCCAAGUACUGAGCCAUUGGCCAUAAUGAUACACACAGGAUAGCGAAGAGGGCUUAAAAAAGAAAAUAUUCUCUUCUAAGUUACUGCCUUAGAAACUGGUUAUACCUCUCGAUGCGAACUUGGACCGCAACCGGGCGAGUUCAUACGAUGGAUUUUGAGUCGCUAGAAUUCGCAUGCUAGAAGGAGAAAUGUAAGUAAACAAAGCAAGGAGAGAUAUAACCAUAAGUUUAUGGCUUAGGAGGAAGGUUGGUCCGUGAGAACUGAGCAAAGCCACUAUCAAUAGGUAAACAUGAAACCGAUUCUUUCACCGUUUAUAUCUUCCAAACGCCAAUAAUAAUUGACUUUGGUAUCC